ACGAGGAUCUAAUAGGGCCGGUCAACUCACAACAUCCUCUCUUGCCCGAACACAAACACCCACAAACGCAACGCGUUUUUAGCCCAUUAUUACAGUCAAACAACAAAAACAAAUCAAAAUUCAAGAAAUGCAAAUCUAAUCCUUAAAUAAAUACUAAUCCAACAACUACAAAGAUUUCUCAUUUAUGCCAAAAAAAUAAUUUUUAUUAGUUGAUAAAGAUGAGCUUGAGUUCUGAUGCUUUGACGACUACUCUCUGCAACUCCAUUCAAGCUUUGGGUCGUGGCUUUGAUGUUACAUCUGAUAUAAGGCUUUUGUAUUGCAAAGGAGCUACUGGGUCUAGGUUGGUUCAUAUUGAUGAUGAACAUACACGAGAUCUUGAUAUCUCUCAUGGGGUUGUGCUGCCUAAUGUUUCUUUUGAUAUUGAUUGCUCUAAAGAGAAUAGAAGCAUUGAGAGAAUUCCUGUAUGCUCCUUUCAUGAGAUGGCAGGACAAUUCAAUGAAAAAUCAGGUAUAUCAGGACGAAUUCCUCUCGGAAGCUUUAAUGGCAUGUUCAAUUUCACUGGCUCUUGGCAAGUUGAUGCAGCUGGAACAAAAUCCCUUGCAAUGGUUGGGCAUUUCAUUCCCUUGUAUAAAGUUCAGAUAGCCAAAGUUAACUUAGUUUUGCUUGAGGAAGUCAAGCGUGCUGUUCCUUCCUCCUGGGAUCCUGCAUCCUUGGCAAGCUUCAUUGAAAGCUAUGGUACCCAUAUAGUCACAUCUGCAACAAUUGGUGGACGGGAUGUUGUUUAUAUCAGGCAGCACCAAGCUUCUCCUUUGUCAGUAUCCGAUAUUGAGAACUAUGUGAAAGACAUUGCAGAUCAAAGGUUUCAAGACUCAACAAGCACAUCAAUUGCUGCCCCCUUGAAAUAUAAGGACAAGGACGUAACAGUGAUUUUCAGAAGGAGAGGAGGUGAUGAUCUUGAACAGAGUCAUGCCAAAUGGGCAGAGACCGUGCAAUUGGCACCAGAUGUGAUUAACAUGACAUUUACACCUAUCGUGUCUCUCCUUGAAAGAGUGCCUGGAAUAAAGCAUUUGGCCCGGGCAGUUGACUUGUAUUUGGAGUACAAGCCACCUAUAGAGGAUUUGCAGUAUUUCUUGGAUUUUCAAAUUGCUAAAGGCUGGGCUCCAGAGCAGAAUAACCUUCAAAGAAAGGAGCCUGUUUGUCAAUCUCUUCAGUUCAGCUUGAUGGGUCCCAAGCUGUAUAUAAGCCCAGAUCAGGUAACAGUUGGCCGUAAGCCAGUUACUGGUCUAAGACUUAGCCUAGAGGGCAUCAAGCAGAACAGACUUUCCAUCCAUUUGCAGCAUCUUGUAUCUCUUCCAAAAGUUCUUCAACCCCAUUGGGAUGCAUAUGUGGCCAUAGGAGCCCCCAAGUGGCAAGGUCCUGAGGAGCAAGACAGCCGCUGGUUUGAGCCUAUCAAGUGGAAGAACUUCUCCCAUGUAAGCACUGCACCGAUAGAGUAUGCUGACACUUCCAUUGGAGACCUCUCUGGUGUUCACAUUGUGACCGGGGCUCAGCUUGGUGUUUGGGAUUUUGGUGCCAAAAAUGUGUUACACCUUAAACUCCUAUUUUCAAAAGUUCCAGGUUGUACAAUAAGGCGUUCUGUAUGGGAUCAUAGCCCCUCCAACCCUUCUGCCCAGAGAACCAAUGGUGCAUCCUCAUCUGUUCCAAACGAGAAACCCUCCAACGAUAAGAAAGAAGAUGGCCAUGUUGGCAAAUUGGCAAAAAUUGUCGACAUGAGUGAAAUGUCAAAGGGGCCACAAGACGUUCCAGGUCAUUGGCUGGUAACAGGAGCUAAGCUUGGGGUGGAUAAAGGAAAGAUUGUUUUGCGUGUCAAGUACUCAUUAUUGAAUUAUUGAUUGAUUGUUUUAUAUUUUAGGAUUGCCCUUAUCACAUGUAAGCAUAGUUGAAUAUUCUUUGCACAGGCAUCCCAGUUCAUUUGUUCUUCUGUACAUUGUGUUCUUUUUUCUUUGUUGUUUUAGCUCCCUUAGUUGACAGUAACCUGAUUUAGUGUGAGAGGGGUUCUUUUCUUCUAAAUCUUGUUCCCAUUUUUGUUUGGUAAAACACGUCUGUUCAGACCUAUAAUAAUAAACUUGUUUUUAGCUGA